AUGCCGACAGCAACAACGGCCUUCCCCCCGCGACAGAGAUCGGGAUACCUGGCUGAGAAAGGCCCCCUAGCCACCGUGACCGACUCCCCCACACCAACCAUCCAGAAGCACAACGCCCCCAAUGACGGAGCCCCAGAAGAAGAAGCACCCCUACCAUACUGGCUCACCAACAUCCCGCGAUCCCAAUGGCCCCCCUCCUGCCCCAGCUACCUCCGCGACAUCUCCCAAAAGAACAUUGAGAUCCUCUCGACCCCGGACCAUCUCUACCAAAGACAAGGGUGGAACCUCGUCACAGAGCUCGUCCGCACGAACCGAAUCGACCGCUUCCAGCGCCUCCCCAGCGAUCUCCGCCGGUACCUGGAGUACAAGGCGCGGAUCGUCGCCGAACACGGGUCGAUCAUGCGCUUCGUCGUCAAGGAGCGAUUGCGGUGGGGGAAGGCUUGCAGAGUGAUUUGCGGGCCAAGGGGAGGCCGUUUGAAGGACCUCCGCAUCUUAUACAAUGACUGGCCAUACGGCCUGGAGCCGGAUAUCGUGCACCUGGUCGUGUGGACCAAGUUCCCGCUGGAGGACGAUCCGGUCGUGGAUGAUUUGACGCCGCGCGCGCGGCGCGAGAUCGACGGGUUCGUGCGGCGGACGUUCCAUGCGAAGAUGGCGCCGGAGCAGGUGAUCUGGUUCCGGAACUGGAGGUCGCUCAAGUCGGUCCAUGCCGUCGAGCAUUUCCAUGUCAUGUUGUAUCGGCCCCCGGCCGCGUUCUUGGAGGAGAUUACCCGCGGCGAUUGCCCGGCGCACGUGAUCGGCUAG